GAGAUAGAGAGAGAGACGUAAAAAAGCACGUCGGGUUAUUUUUUUUGCAAACGUUUUGACUAUAUAUCUACGAUAUAUCGUUGUCCAAUACUUGGUGCAGGGCUGUAUACUGUGUUGUCGCGUCAAUCUGUCUGUUCACUAUUUGGAAACAAUUGCGGAUUUUUUGAUUUUUUUAAAAAGAAAUUUAAUGUCGUCUCUGUGAUUAAUAUUAUUUUGGAGGAGACCGGGUAAAUGAAACGAGUGACAUCCACUGACAAGGACGGCAUUCAAUCGAAAAUACGUGUGUCACUGUUAUAACAGUACUAUAAAAAUCAAAUUUCAAACGAGAUAAUCGAGAAUACGGUGUGUCAGUGCUGGUUAUUGCAUAUUUCAAAUAAAUUCGGUAUCUGGGAGAAAUCGAGGAGUGGGUAAAAUUUGAACCGACAAAAAUAAGAGACUAAUACGAGGAGCAAACUCAAACCCGGCGAGUUGGUUGGAGAAAGGAGUUUUGUGUCUCGGCGUUGUCUUCUUAUUUUUUUUUUUUCGAAUCCGGGAAAAUCUUGAGAGACUUUAAGAUUGAAUUUAUGGUGUGACAUAUUUUUUUUUAAUUGAACAGCGAGUAAGAAAUCUCCUGGAAGACAACGUGCGAGGAAGGAUCGUUGAGCCGAGACCGGUGGCAGUCGCGGCGAGUGACACGGUCGAAAUUUUUCGUAUAUAAUAUACGAGGUGCUUUGGUUGGUUUCCACGCCAUAUAUAUAUGUAUAUAUAUUUGUAUAUAUAUGCGCAUGUAUAAGGUGAGAGCGGUUGUGUGGUGAGUUGGCGGUGGGGGUAGAGAGAGGCAGGAGUUACACCAGUUAAACCGUAGGAGGCGGGAUAAAGGUGCUGUAGAGUGCUGCCCCCUAUUGGCCAAUAAUUUGUGUUUAUCCCCACUCCUAGGUGGAGAGGGACAGGGUGAAAAUUCAGUGGAGGAGAGGGAGAGAGACAGAGCAAAGUGAAACAGUCCAUCGAGGUGUAGAGGCCCCAGAGGAGAACGGGGUUUCCAAGAGAGUGUGCGGUGUUAGAGCUCGAUCGCGCGAUUCCCCACUACAGGACGUACCGAACGUAUGAAAUUUCGCAACCACUACUGUCGGUGUAUAUUCCGCCCCACGAGUCACAUCGUUAUAUCGCUCGUGGUGCACGGUUACAAGCCAGAAAAAUAUAUUUAUUCCAUAUCUCAAAACGGAGAAUUGAGAAGUUUUUGAGAUUGAAAGAGACCUCGGAGAUCAUUCGAAUGGUAUUUAACGGUUUUUGUCGUGCUUUCUCCAGUCAGUCGUUACAAGGGAUUUUGGUGGGAUAACCGAGACAAGAGAGUCCGGGACUUGUGGAAAACCAGUCGUCGAGGAAUACAGUUUUACGUCAAAUUAACUAGGCGUAAGGAGCACGAGGAAGUUGUUGACUUUUUUUUUCUAUUGUGUGUGCUUUUGGGGAUUGUACAAUAUUCUUGGUUUUUUUUUUUUUUCUUUCGGUGGUUGAUUUUGAGAGGAUAAAAAUACGGGAGAGCGCGGUGGACAGAGCGCUGAGCUGUCUCUCCGUGGAUAAUCCUCGUAUGUCCGCGCUCGUUGUGCCGCCGCCGGCUAAACCUAGGGGAUUCAAACCAGACAGAGGGUGAAAUAGAAUAUCUCGCGCCGGACAGUGUGAGACGCGCGUGCGGAGUGAACGACUUGAUUAAAAAACUUGAGUGACAGACGUAGAUCGAAUCGAGAGGGGAAGGAAGACAAACAACACUGACAAUUGGAUAUUUUUGAGGAUUGCAGGAGUACAGCGGCUGGAAGAAAAUUGGAAAAAAAAUAAUCGUGAGAUAUAAAACGGCGAUUUUUCUCAUCAAUACGCCAUCUUACGGGCAUACUACGAAUCAUAGUUUAUCACAAUGGCUUCCGUGAAAGACACUGCGACUUUCUUCACUGAGGGUACAACAAGUCAAUUCGAACACGUAUUAAAAUUGUAUCCACAGGCCCUCAGAUUACAGGCUGACAGGAAAAAGAAAAAACCCGAGGAGCUUGUCAAAUUGGACGACUGGUACCAGAAUGAAUUGCCGAAGACGAUUAAGUCACGUGGAAAGGACGCCCAUCUCAUUCACGAGGAGCUGGUGCAGACGAUGAAAUGGAAACAAACACGUGGAAAAUUCUAUCCCCAAUUGAACUACUUGGUGAAAGUAAACACACCUCGUGCUGUAAUGGCUGAAACAAAGAAGGCAUUCAAAAAAUUACCAAAUUUGGAACAAGCUAUUACAGCAUUGUCGAAUCUCAAAGGUGUUGGUACAACAAUGGCAUCGGCACUAUUGGCAGCGGCAUCACCUGAAAAUGCACCAUUCAUGGCUGAUGAGUGUCUUAUGGCAAUACCAGAGAUCGAGGGAAUUGACUAUACGACCAAGGAGUACCUCAAUUUUGUUCAACACAUUCAGACCACAGUCGAGAGGCUCAACAAACAGACGACGAAUGGAAAAUCCUGGAGUCCUCACAGAGUUGAAUUGGCCCUAUGGACUCACUAUGUUGCCUCAGAACUUAAACCAGAAUUGUUGGAAGGAAUUCCAGGGGCAACAGAAAAUGGUAAUACUCAUCCAUCGAGCAAUGGUGAAGCAACGGAGCCAUCGGACGACAGUAAUCCAGAGGUAGCUGUUGUCAAUGGCAAGGAACCAACAACAAUAAAUCCAGCAGCAAUUGAUGAGAACAGCACUACAACAUCAUUCACUGAGGAUUCACUUGAUAAACCACCAACUCCAAUAACAGCAGCUGUGGCCAGUGAAGAUACUAAUGAUUCAAUUGCAACAAAUGAGAAUGAGGACUGCAGCAAUACACCAAGACCGACUGACAGUGAUGAUACGGAGGACUCGCAGGACGUACAGGAGCCACCAGCCAAGAAAACUAAGAAGUGACCCCAGGGCCAUAAUACUAUUAAACAUCCUGUCCAUAGCUUCGUGUCGGCCGCUAAUAUGACACCUAUCACGGCAAGACGCUUCUAAUUCGUAUUUUUAAUUCACUCAAAGCAACAAAAAAAUCAAGCAAAAUGAAUUAUUUGUCAUCAUUUGCUUAUUAUCAAAUCUCGCUCUUUUUUUUUUUAUCACCAAUGUCCCUCAGAGUUGCGGAAAUUAUACAAUGAUCUUUAGUUAUAUUUUAUUGUACUCGGUUAAUUUUCCUCAUGUCCAUUUUAUCGAGAGAAUAAUUGAAUGGGAUUUCGUUUCUGCGUCCUCAACCCGAUUUUAUUUUACUAUUAAUCAAUGUUUUUUUCUUUUUAAUCAGGUGUGAAGUUGGAGUAAUGAAAUUGUGUAGGUAAAUUUCUGUAUUGAAUUUUAUUUUCACGCAUUUAGUGGACAUUUUUGAAAUUUACUCAAGUUCAGUCGAGAUUUCAAGGAUAAAUUUAUUAUGGAGUAAUUGAGUCUUGAGGGAUACUGGUUGAUAGACGAUUUAUUUGAGAGCAUUGACUUUAUCAUUUUUAUUUCUUUAACUUCGAACGUGAAGAAUAGAAAUCGAGUGAGGAAGUGAUCGUAGUGACAAAAAAAAACGUAACCGGAUAAAAAAUGAUGAAAAUUACUAGCAGUUGAAUGGAAAUAAUAAUAAUAAUAAUAAUGCACCAACCCGUGACCAGGCACGACGGCGGUAAGCUGAUUACGAUGAUAAAAUAAUAAUAUUAAUGAUUAAUAAUAAUUAUAAUUGUAAUACCGAAAUCAUUACCAUAAUUUAUAUACCAUACACGAUGAAGUAAAAACCAAUAAAUGAAAGAAAAAAAAAAUGAAACUACAUGUCCUUAUGCAUGGAGUUAAACCAAAUACCUUGUAAGUAAAAAAUUAGAAAACGAAUGGAAAACAAUUAAUUACGAGAGAGUUAACAAAUUAGUAAAAAGGUCCAUCGAAGCUUGAUGUGAAAUGAUGAGAAAAAAAUAAUGAAAUCAGUACACAAAUCCAUUUACAAAUACACACACCGACAUACACACAUUGCCGACAGUGUCGAGAUUUUUCUGUACAGGGAUUUAACUAGUAUUUUUGCAUAAUAAUUGAAUGAGAAAGAGUGAAAAAUACAAGAGGUAUAAAACCGAAAAAAAGUACAUAACUGAAAUGAAAAGAAAUUAAAAAAAAAAGAGAAUAAGAAUUGUAGGAAUGUGUUUCCGAGUCUAUAAAUAACGCAUGUAUGAUUUUUUUUUGUGCAGAUGACGUGUGAUUGAACAAUUAUUAUUCCUUUCUCUCCUUUGAACAGACGAAAAAUAAAUAAGUAAUGCUUCGCCAUUAACGAUCAUGCGACUUUUUUUUUAUUACACACGUAAUAAUACCUAAACGUAAACUACACAGAUUGUUUUAGAUGAAGAGUAAUCGAUUUGUAAGGUCAUACUAUUUCGGAUAAAAGUCCCAUUUUCCUCUGGACACGAUUUAACGACAUUAAAUAACCCUUGAAAGAGAAAAAGAAAGAAACAUUCACAAUUUUUCAAUACUUGACAAAAACUCCACUCUCGUUAACACGUACGGACAAUUUUUACGAUAUUUUAGUAAUUAAAUCACAAUAGAAUUAACAUGACGAUUAAGUUCAAUGUUGAAUCGUUGUAAUUAUUCGUAUUUGGAUCCACAUAAAUUUCUCAAAUCAGUGGAAUCCCUCGGACAGAGUAGUAUUUUCCUUAUCAACUCGAGGAGAACUGUACAUUCCACAAUGAUUAACAUUUCGAUCGAGAGAAAUUGCCGAAUGGGGCAUUGAAUACAUACAUAAGUCCCCCCCUCACCACCCAGUGGUGUACAUAUGCCUCCGAGAAUCAAUGGCAUCGAUCCACCAGGUCUUCAACAAUUAUUACUUCAUUUCUUUUGCUCUUAUCAUCAAAACUUCACUCAGACGGAAGUUAUGAAAGUGGAUGGGAAACGUCGUUUAUUUCCGCUAUUGAUUGGCGCAGCAACGUCGAAAGGCGAGCUUUAUACUCUUUUUCUCCUGUCAUCCCUCAAAUUUCUCCCCUUUUUCUUUCUUCUGCCAUUACCAGAGCACUGAUUACAAAAACACACAAUUUGCAAAAGCUUCACUCUUUCAUCAUGAUAAUAAAAAAAAAUAAAAAAAUCAAGAUUUAAAUUAACUACCAGAAUGGCAUAAUGCCAUCAUUAUUAAUGAAGAUAGACGUUGGCAAUGCACGAUAUCUCAUGCAGGUGAAAAACAGGGAAAAUGAAAAAAAAAAAAAACCAGUGGUGGUUAUGGGAUCGUUUCAGGGCGCGGAGGCUUUUAUAAACGUUAAAGUAGCGAUUAGGAGAAUGAAAAAAUAUAGAGUAAUAAUAAAGAAAAAAAAACAUAAAAAUGUGCGGAGCACUGCCACGGAACGACUUGCCUGACAACAUCCCCCUGGGUUGAAUAUGCAUAAAUAAACGUGAUACGUGAUAUAUACACAACUAAAUUUAUGUGCUUACGGGGAAAAUGCCGAAGGAGAAGACAUUGAGGAGGAAAUGACAAAUGUUUAAGGUUUAAGGGAAAGUUUUACCGAUUUGCAAACUGAUGGAAUAGAGUGAAUGAGUAUAAAACAAAAUAAAUGAAUAAAUAUAUUAUAUAUAAAUAAAGAAAAAGACUUCUCAUAUUGUACCUCGUAUUAGGAUCCUGGAACAAUUUAUAUAUAUAUAAAGGUAAAGAUUUAAAAAAAAAAACCACAAAACAUUAUCCUAGCGCUGGAUACUAUAAAUUUAGAUAUUUCACUUAUGGCCUUAAAAUGCAGUUAUGAGGAAAACGGAAAAUAAGCAAGAUGCAAGAACUACCGAUUCAUUAACAACACUAGUUUAUUUAUCAUUUUCAUUAGUUAUUUAACGAGUAUUAUUAUUACUGGUUGUUCGAACGUAAGUAA